UGAUAACUUCGCAGCCUGUGGAAAGCAUUUCUUCUGUGGACAUAAAUUUACUCUUGGUCAGCUUUCUGUUGCUUUCGAUUUUCAUGGCAAGUGGCGCAGAAGACUCUUGUGACAGAACCUGUGCCGAUGCCAACCGUCAAUGUGAAUCAGAAUGUUUGGCUAAGGUUGAUGAUGAAAAUCCCAUCAAAGGUGGAAAAUGCCAACGCGUACGGACAGGGGAAAUACGGUGCAUGUGCCAUAAUUGAAUGUUGAAU